AUGGCUCUCAAUACGGACGGUGAACAGAAAUCGAACCUGGUCCUCCGCGUAGACCAGGAUUCUGACUCGGUUUUGCAGUCACUAUUCGACACAGUGCUCAAGCCUGACUCAAAACGACCGCUACAGGUGCCUCUGCGUAUGCGACAGCUUCCAAAGUCGUUCUUUAACCCGCCGUCGACCGGUUCCAAGUCGCCAUCUGUGUCUCAUUCGCGUGAAAAUUCGGCUGAUUCUGCGUUUGGGUCUUCUUCGGCAACUGGCACAGCUCCCGUGUCCCAUUCUCGUGCACACUCGUCUCCAGCUAGUUUACAACAGACAUAUGCUGCGGGUCAACAGAAUCAGCAACCACCUUUACCGCAUCAACACGCAAAACAGAGAUCCUACGAUGUCGCUUCACAUAUUCCAGAUGAACUGGGACCUUUACCAGCUGGAUGGGAACAAGCUCGCACUCCAGAGGGACAGAUAUAUUAUCUCAAUCACAUAACCAAGACGACCACAUGGGAGGACCCUCGGAAGACAUUAGCGGCGCAGACAGUGUCCGCUGGCGUGCAGCAUCAGAACGAGAUCCUCACCCCACCACAAACUAUAGCGACACCUACUGCAGCGAAGAGUACAAGCACUAACACGACGACAGAUCCGCUCGGACCUCUGCCGGAUGGAUGGGAACAGGCUACGACACCAGAAGGAGAGAUAUACUUCAUCAACCACGCAGCACGAACUACGUCCUGGUUCGAUCCCAGAAUACCACAACACUUACAGCGUACGCCUACAUCAGGCGGCGCGGCCGGCGGCGGCUGGGCGAAUGCGGCUUGUCAACAGAAACUGAGGCUGCAGUCGCUACAAUUGGAACGAGAGAGACUCAAACAACGCCAGCAGGAGAUACGACUCCAGCAAGAGCUGAUGGCGCGGCAGUCAUCGUCCAUAGUAUCGUCACUAGCUACUACAGAGGUGUCCUUGGACCCGUUUCUAUCCGGCAUCAGUGAACACACGCGCCAGGAGUCAGCUGACAGCGGGCUGGGCAUGGUGCAGUAUUCCGUGCCUCACACUCCCGAAGACUUCCUCGCUAGUAUGGACGACCGUAUGGACGUAGCUAGUGAGCCCGGCGCGCCUAUGGACGCUGAUAUCACACUCGGAGACACUGAUCUGCUGGGCGACUUCACAAACGAUAUACUAGACGAUGUACAGUCUCUGAUAAAUUCGACACCGAACAAGCCAGAUAACGUUUUAACCUGGCUCUUCUGA